AUGACAGCCCUUCCUCGGCUCGUGGCGUUUGAUCUGGACGGAACGCUCUGGUGGCCGGAAAUGUACAUGCUGGACGGCGGCGCACCCUUCCGACGGGACAAAUCCGGUGCGGUGUACGACAAACGGAAUCAGCGAAUCGAGUUGAUGGGCGCCACGGAAGCGGUGUUGGCGGAGCUGGCGACUAACCCUCGGUGGGGGCAGACGGAGGUGGCGUACGUCAGCCGUACCGAAUACCCCGAAUGGGCAAUCCCCUGCCUCAAGACUUUCCUCGUGACAGAAGACGGAAAGCACGGCACGUCCAAGAGCAUGUUUGACAUUUCAUCGUACCAGGAGAUCUACCCGGGCAGCAAACUCACGCACUUCCGAGCCAUCCAGAAGAAGUCGGGCAUCCAGUUUGAAGACAUGAUAUUUUACGACAACGAGCGCUGGAACAUUACCGAGUGUGCCAAAUUAGGCAUCACCUGCAUUUACACGCCAAGAGGCCUUACUCGUGAAGCCUGGGAGAGAGGUCUCGCUGACUUUGCGAUGGCGCGGAAAACAUCUUAA